AACUUGCUCCAGUGUUGGUCAAGUCUGGUCUUGAAUGAGCUCACGCUUGAUGCCAUCAUAACACUCUGUCAGAUUGUUCUGUUGCAAGAGUUCACAAAUCUCACUCUGAAAAAGUUUUCCCUCACUGUUUUCUGGACUUGUGGCUUCUUCAACCUUGAGCUAUGACCCCUUGUGGGGCGGGUGUCCACCAGCUUCAGCAAAAAAUGUUCUCAAGGAUCAGAUAUAGAAAUUGUUUUCUGCACCAAGGCAGUUCUUUGUUCCAAGGAGGACGAUGUUGUAGCUCACUCAUCAGUAAAGCUCGAGAAAAGCUCUCUCAUCUGGGGGAGGGACAAGUGUCUUUGGUAAAGGACGAUGUAUCAGGGAUCGCAACUAUCACAUUGGAACAUGCCCAGAAGAAAAAUGCUCUCUCAGGUCAAAUGAUGGUGCAGUUGGCUGACAUUACUGAAGAAUUGUUUUCCUGGUCUUUAGGAAAAGCUGUGAUCCUGCAAGCUCAAGGUGAUACAUUCUGUUCUGGUGGAGACCUUACCACUGUUAAAGCCAUAAGUAACCCUAAUGAUGGCUUAUUAAUGUCAACUUUAAUGCAUAAUACUCUCACUCAGCUAUACUGUUUACCACUUGUAACACUUUGCCUUGUACAUGGUAAAGCAUUAGGAGGUGGAGCCGAAUUAACAACUGUCACAGAUUAUAGGUUAUUUACCAACUUAGGGGAAGUAAGUUUCGUUCAGGGUCGUAUGGGAGUUGUUACUGGUUGGGGUGGUGGAACGAGACUUGUAAAACUUCUAGGAUAUAGUGUAGCCCUUGAACUCUUAACCACUUGCAGAAAACUAGAUGGAAAAGAAGCUUCUAAAAUAGGAUUUGCUGAUCAUAUCAUUGAAGCAGCAAAUAGACAUGAAGAAACAAAGAAUUGGCUAAUUCCCAGAAUUCUCCAUGAACAAGAGGUGAUUCAAGCUAUGAAGAAAAUAGUUGUUGGAGGUCGAGACUUAACCUUGGAAGAAAGUCUUCUCAAUGAAAGGCUUAACUUCUCACCCUUGUGGGGUGGACCAGCCAAUAUGAGAGCACUUGGCAAAAAUAUAAAACAUAAGUGAAAUACAAUUGCAGGUACACUGUAUAAUUUUUUGACCUGACGACUUAACUAAAAAACUUGUCUACUAUGUUACUGUACUGUCAUCCCUCGCUCAAAUGGUUUUUAUGGUGUCAAUUUCACACCUGGAGUAUUUAUGUCAUGGCAAAUUAUCUGACACUUUAAUGGUGACAGUUAUUUACAAAAAUCCCCAUGUCGGGACUUGGUUAUGACAGGGAGUUACUACAUAAUUAUUUUGCCCCAGCCCAUGAUGUCUAGAAGUUUACUUUGUUUUUCUCCCUGUAGACCUUUGGUGAUGUAACUAUUGAGUCACCAAGGAAGGGCAUCAGGUAAAAAAUGGGAUUGAGGGAUCAGUUUUGCAUUUUUAAAUGUAGUAUGUACAGGUACAGUAUAGUUUAUAGUUUUGCAAAUAAAAAAUCGUUUUAUGUACAGUAUAGUAUUUAUAUACGUACAAUAGUUCUUGCCAAAUUGAUGGUUUGUCAAUGUAUGGCCAAUUGAAUUGCAUUAGAAAAUAUGCAUAAACUAAACUUUCCAAGGUACUGUAUAAUGCACUGAAAAAUACUCGUAUUACUGUGUAAAGUAUAUUUAUUUUAUUGUUAAACUACACUAUAACAUCACUUAUGUAGAAAAAUAUUCAAGCUUCAUGCAAAUACCUGUAUUGUAUACAGUAUUACUUAAAUCAUAUUUUACAACAUAAAUACUGACGAAAGGGUAAAAAUUUAGCAAAAUAAAGUACAGAACUUACUUCUGUAUUGUUUACAACUGGCAACUGCUAAAAUUAAAGACCUCUUAUCUGCAACUUUCAUCAAAUACAGUACUGUACUGUACUGUACAGUAUAAUUAUUGUAAUGUGAUGAGAUAUAAUGAAGAAAACCACAAUAAAGUUUGCAUAAUAAGG